GCUCGCUCUGGCCGCUCGCGCAGCUGCUCGGCUCUCGCUAUAUAAAGGGGCGAAGCGGGCAGAGCGGGCGGCUGGCGGCGGCGGCUGCAGCCCCAGGGCCGGCGAACGAGGCCGGGCCAGGCCGCGGGGCUGCCCGUGAGCCGGGGCGGGACGUGCGGGCUUAGGGGGGACGCAGCCGGGCAGGUUUAUUGUUUUAGGGGCGACUCCCCCCGCGGUUGGGGGCGUCCCGGGGGGCUCGGGACAUGGCGAGCUCGACUAACACAAACCCCGUGCCUAAACUGUACAGGUCUGUAAUUGAAGAUGUCAUUAAUGAUGUCAGAGAGGUUUUUCUGGAUGAAGGAGUGGAUGAACAAGUUCUUAUGGAACUCAAAACACUGUGGGAGAACAAGCUGAUGCAGUCCAAGGCUGUAGAUGGCUUCCAUUCAGAAGAGCAGCAACUUCUGUUGCAGGUGCAACAGCAGCAGCAGCAACAGCAGCAACAACAGCAUCAUCACCACCACCAUCAUACACAACCUCAGCCACAGCAGACUGUGCAGCAGCAGACUCAGCCACAACAGGUUCUUAUUCCAGCAGCUCAGCAAGCACCUCAGCAGCAGGUUAUUGUGCCAGAUUCCAAGCUGAUACCACACAUGAAUGCAUCGGGCAUGAGUGCUGCAGCCACUGCAGCUACAUUGGCUCUCCCUGCUGGUGUUACUCCUGUUCAGCAGAUACUUACAAAUUCAGGCCAGAUCCUCCAAGUAGUUAGAACUGCAAAUGGAGCUCAAUAUAUCAUUCAGCCACAGCAGCCAGUUGUUCUACAGCAGCAGGUCAUACCACAAAUGCAGCCUGGUGGUGUACAAGCACCUGUUAUACAGCAGGUUUUGGCUCCAAUUCCUGGAGGGAUUCCCCAGCAGACAGGAGUGAUUAUUCAGCCUCAGCAGAUCCUUUUUACAGGAAAUAAAACUCAAGUUAUACCUACAACAGUGGCUGCCCCUACAGCAGCUCAAGCACAGAUUCCUGCAGCUGGUCAGCAGCAGCCACAGCAACAACAGGCACAACCACAAGCACCACUUGUUCUCCAAGUUGAUGGAGCAGGAGACACAUCAUCUGAAGAAGAAGAAGAUGAGGAAGAAGACUAUGAUGAUGAUGAAGAGGAGGACAAAGAAAAAGAUGGAGGUGAAGAUGGCCAGGUUGAAGAGGAGCCUCUUAACAGUGAAGACGAUGUGAGCGAUGAGGAAGGACAAGAACUGUUUGAUACAGAAAAUGUUGUUGUGUGUCAGUAUGAUAAGAUCCAUAGAAGUAAAAACAAAUGGAAAUUUCAUCUCAAGGAUGGCAUCAUGAAUCUUAAUGGAAGAGAUUAUGUAUUUUCCAAAGCCAUUGGGGAUGCAGAAUGGUGAAGUUUUUAAGACAAACAAAACAAAAACUCCCUGUAAAAGGAAAAAAAUGUUCAAAAGCAGGAAAGGUUGAGACUUGGACAUAUUCUGCAACCAAAAUGUGUUUCUGCACAUGAAGCAUAAGCAAAAGUAUUGGAACAAAGGUAAAAUGUGGCAACAAAGACACUACUUCAGAUGAGCAAGCCAUGGACUGUAGCAGCUAUAGCAUUGUCUGGGAGCUGGUUUUGUGUGUUAGGAAUACCUUAAUUAUCAAUUCUACAUACAGGUACCUACAGCUGGUAUUUAGCAUGUAAGGCUUUGUCCCCCCCUUCUUCCCAUGGUUUAAGAUUUUAAAAUACUUCCAAUGAUUGAAGGAACUCUUCCCUGUGAUAGAUUAUUAAUCUGAAAAUGCUUAUUGUGUGUACAAAUCUUUGCUUUGAACACUUCCUUUUGGUAGUGAGGAUGGUCAGAAUGUUACUUCGACUGUGUGCAAGCUUUGUACAGAAGGGUAAGAAUUAAGGUGUUAAAUUUUAAAUAACUUGUAUAGGGAAAAUAUUUUUAAUUCUGAUAUGCUCAUUAAUUAUAAUAUCUAUUUGUGGUUUUCAGUUCAGUUGCCCGUAAGCAAGUUGUUGUUCCUAGCAGUUAUAAAAUGUUAAAAUGAUCAUUUAUAUUUCAAAGUUAUUUUAAUUUCAUAUAAGUGAUAAUUUUCAUUUAGGACUGUUUUUUUUUUGUUGUUGUUUUUUUUUUGUUUUUUUUUUUUUAAAUACUAAGCACCUGUAGCUCUGGGCUCCCCCUGCCCCCCAAAUCAGACUGCUUAACUUUUUAAUUAUAUUCUUGCUGUAUGGUGGUGGUUUCAGCAUCACUGAACUGAAACAAAUAAUAUAGCUUCCAUUGACUUCUUCAAAGUCUUUUUGGAGGAUUUCUGAAUCAAAUGUGUAGGUAAUCACACAACAGAUGCAUUCCUUCACCUACUUACUACAUCCGUAGUACAGACAUCCACUAAAUUUUUAAUAUGGAAAGUAACUUUAAAACUAUUAAAAUCCUGGCUGCAGCUCUUUUAAUCAAAGAUGUGCUUUACUAAAAAGUGUAGCCGUAAGUUACUUGUAGUAGUUAAUCUCUCUGAAGUUUCCAGGUGGCAUGUAAUUUCAUGAGGAGAGCUGCACGGCUUUGAGAACACAAAUUAUAUUAAAGUGUCUGUAGACUGACUUGUUAAAAGAAAAUCAUAGAGGCUCUAGAUCUUGUGUGGCCACUUCGUCAUAUGCCUUUUCCAGAGGUGUGGUUUUGUGAUAAUUUUUCUUUUAAGCAACAAGGUCGUUUCUCUCUGCUUCCCCUUCUCUCCUGAGAACUGAACAUUUUUCUUCACACAUUGGAUAUUCUCACAAAUUCUGCUUUCAGAAAUGCAGUUCCUUUUGAAUGAGGAAAGGAAAUGGGCAUUAUACCUGAGAAACUGUUGAGGAGAGAAUGUCCACAUGGCUCACCAUUUCAAAUACUUUUCUUCCCCUGAGUCCUUGGAAAGGCAAUAAGAAGAACACAGUGGACAUUAUUUGUUACACUGAGGAAGACCUGCAGAAGCAGACAGUUGACCCAUAAGUUCUGCCGUUUUUCUGUCACUCUGGAGAAUGAAACUUACUAAGCAUUAUUUAAUGAAGUCACAGGUAUAUUUUAGCAGGAUAUAAGCACUGCCCUAAUUUUCAUUCUCUCUGAUUUACUUGCCUUGAAGUGUAUUUUUAGUCUCAGUAGUAUUUUAACAAACAAACAAAGUACUCCAAAAUACCCCCCCAAAGAGGGUUUCUUUACUGUGAUUUUGUAUAUCUCUGCUCUCAUUGAUAAAGAAUAAAACUGCCUCUAGGUCAUGCCUCGAGCCAUAUGAUUGUUGUAAGCCAUUUACAUACAUAAGCUUUAUGAAAAGUUAAUUUUUUUUUUGUUCUAAUUCAUUCUUUUGUAAUGUCAUUAUUUAGAGUACAUUUUUGGCUCGGGUCUCUCAGACUGAUUGGUGUUUGUUUUCUUCUGAACAAAGCAGAUAUUUUAGUUAUUAUUAUUAUUUGUACCACUGUUGACACUUCUGUGUACGAAUGAGAUGAAGUCAAUAUUGUAUCCGUUAAUUCCUUCCUUCUCCUUUUCCAAAUCUAUUACCAGUGAGUCUUAAGUAGUGGACUUAAGAAAAACUCCCUUAACAGCACAACUAAACCAACGAAAGGAAGAAAUCCCUUUAGCUAUAGAUUCCUGAUGAGACUAUUGGAACCCAGAUUACUUGGACAACACUUGGUUUUCAUAACGUCUUAGAAUUUUUUUUUACCCACUUAUGCAUACUAGAAGCUACACAACCUUUUUAUUUAUUUUUAUGGGAUAGCAGAAUUUUAAAGGUAACUCAAGUUUAGGCUGUUCCGAAGGAUGUCUGAAGCUAUCUGAACUUGCAUUCUUUUGCAAGCUAAUUGUAUGAUAUGCUUUUCAAAUAAGUUUUGUUACUUUCAAAUACAAGUACCUGUGAAGUUUUCUGUAAGCCAGUCAAACACAAAUAUACCAAACUGUGCUCUUAUUUCUACAUCAAGUGUUCCUUUUUUAAAUCAAAAAGCAUGUUUUAAUUUUAUUUUAUUGUAGCAGCUUGCUGUAAGAAUGUAGUUUGCUUAAUUUUACUAUUGUACUUGAACUUUAAUCAUGGUUUUAACAAUGUAACUGAACAGACCAUUUCACUAGGUUCGACAGAAACCAUUCCUUCAGAGGGCAAGGGAUUCCCAUGUUCAUAGUUCAUAAAUGAUUUUUUUUUUCCCUUGGAAAUAGUUUUUGAUGCUGUUUUAUUUUUGUUUACUUUUUUUUUUUAAAUAGUUCAGUAUUACAGAAACAAAUAAUGAUUUCAAGAGGACUUAUUUAAAAUUUGCACAGAUAAUGGAGCACCUUUUAAUGACAGAAAAAAUGGGGAAAGAUAACUUCAUAAUUGUAACCAUGAUGACUGAUGGAAACUUGCAGAGCA